AUGGUGCAAGUAAACUCGAUCAUGCGUGAUCUUCGUAGGACAGUUCAGGUGAUGCAGUUACGCGUAGAUCCUUAUAAGGCAGGUUUCAAAAUGGAUAAGCUUGAUUUUCCACAGAGGUUGUGUACUGUAGGGCAAGAACCUUUUUCGAGUAAAAUCAUUGCCUACUACAGCGAUGACAGAAAGCUCUUCCCUACUCUUAAAGAAGCACUCGAGCUUGAGUGCAAGAAAAAGUAUGAGUUGUGGAGUCUCGUAGGUGUUCAACCAGUGAGGUUUUCUCUGCAUGAAAUUGAAGAGAUAACUGGCCUGAACUGCGAGUAUGUGAAGAAUGUCGAGAAUCCGUUGGUUAAGUCUCGAGAUGAUCGGCUGCGUUUAGGAUAUCUAGCCAUCUACGCUGGCUUCAUCGAAGCACCAAGAACCUCGUCACCCACACGGGCUAGCCUGGCUAGGUUAGUGAUGGAUCUAGAUGCUUUUGAAGAUUAUUCAUGGGGAAGAGUAGUGUUUAAAUUCUUGAUGGAGUCGGUGAAGGGUGUAGACUUGACAAAGACGUAUGCCAUUGAAGGCUUUGUUCAGGUUCUUCAAGUCUGGGUCUACAAUUUUCUUCCUGAUUUCGGAGCUGGGUUUGGUCGACCUAUAGAAGGUUUUCCAACCCCACCUCUACUUGCCUUCUUAGGUGGCAAAGGCAAGAGAAGGCUCCAGGAGAAUAUGCUGAAUCAGUUUUAUCUUCUCGAGACUAGGACUAACAACUUUACUGUGAAGGAUUACUCUGAAAUGUUCCCUCGUUGGGAUGGUGAUCUGGAAGAUGAGAAGGCUGAUAACAUAGUGAAGGCAAUGUUUUCUUCAAGCUGGGCGUGGGAACAAAGUUACUGGCCUCUUGUCGGAACAAAACUGUGGACAAAUGUGAAGGUGGAGAUCCAUCCUAUGAAGACAAAACCUGGUCAGAUGGUGCGAAGCAAGAAGGCAGUGUCCCCUUAUCGCACAGAGUCUGAGGCAGAAUCACGCAAGAAGGCUCGUGAGUCCCCUGGCCUGGAUACGGAGACCAUGAAAGCAGAAAUAGUUCGUUGGCUAACUGGCCUGACUUCUAAUAUGGUUGAGGGGCUGAGCAGAUGCGAUAACACUCUGAAGACACAAUCCCGCAUGAUUGAGGGCCUUACUGCGAAGAUGGGAGCUGUUGAGAAGAUUGUGCGUGAAGGUUGGAAGGAAGACCUGACCAAAGCUGGUUCAUCUACUGAUGUACCUGAGGCAAACAAAUCUAAUGGACACAAAGCUAAGGAGGACAAAGCUGAAGAAAGCAAAGCUGCGGAAACAUCUCCCAAACCCAACAUAAUGACAACAAGAGCCAAAGCUAGAGACACCCAAGCCACUGUGAGUGAGAGGCAACGUAGGCUUGCUUCUACUCAGCACUCUCCUUUUGAUGGAAACAGCAUGGCAAAGGUUGUCAUACCUAACCAGCCGAAGCGAGGCCAGGGAUAUUACCCAUUUGCCGGUGUUGAUCGCCAAAAGCUCUCUGUUCUUCUUGAUUGGGUGAAACUUGACCCGUAA